AACCUCCCCAGGGACCUGGUGCAGACGACGUGGAACCUGUUUCACACAACUGCUACUUGAAGGGAAAAAAGAAGCCAAUGAUACCAAGAAAAGCUCAUAACAGAGAUCUAUUCACCAGAUGUGUAUGGAUGAACAUACAGUGAGAUGAGUCAGAAAGUGGUUAAGGAGGGCCCCAGACUCUCCAAGAACCAGAAGUUCUCGGAGCACUUCAGCAUACAUUGCUGCCCGCCGUUCACCUUCCUCAACUCCAAACGCGAGAUUGUGGACCGCAAGUAUAGCAUCUGUAAAAGUGGCUGCUUCUACCAGAAGAAAGAGGAGGACUGGAUCUGCUGUGCCUGCCAGAAGACCAGCACCAGCCGCCGCGCAACGUCCCCUCAGAGGCCCAAGCGCCAGCCAGCUGCACCCCCCGCGGUGGUCAGAGCACCGGCCAAGCCACGGUCCCCUCCGAGGUCUGAACGUCAGCCACGCCCCCGCCCAGAAGUCCGACCUCCACCAGCCAAGCAGCGCCCCCCUCAGAAGCCCAAGCAGCAGCCGCGCAGCAGCCCCCAGAGAGGGCCAGGCACCAGCCGUGGGGGGUCCCCCAACAAAGCCUCUAGGUUCUGGUAACACCAUCUCUUCCCUUUUGCUCCCCAGCCCUAAGGUUAGUAGCUGCUUCCUGUGUUUACUAACAAUAGGUUAUCUCAGUGGCCCUCCUUCAGCCUUACCAAACCUGUGUAAUCAAUUCCCUGCAUUAAAUCCCCUUGUUUGAAA